UGAUGGUGAUGAUUUAAAAAAAUUAUUACUUAAUUCAGAAGACUGGACAUCAUUGGAUGAAUUAAUUUUAUUACUUCGACCUUUCAUAGAUGCAACCAAUCUUACAUCAGGCAGCUCAUAUACUACACUUUCAUUAUGGUAUCCUACUUUACAUUGCUUAAGAGAAUAUUUAAACAAUAUUCUACAAACUAUUACAAGUUCUCAAAUUAGAACA